AUGGCUGAGAAAAUGAACCUUAGUUUCGUCAUAUUUGUCAUGACUGGUUGUAUCAUAUUUGUAUCCGUAAAUUCAACAAGACACAUUGUUGGAGGCAAUAGUGGUUGGGAUUUGCCUGGUUACUAUAGGUUUUAUCAGGAUUGGGCACAGAACCAAACCUUCGUCGUUGGCGAUGAACUUUUUUUCCAAUACAACCCAGGGAUGAGCACAAUUCUUUACGUAAACAAGGAUGAUUUUGAUAAUUGCACAAACAGAAAUACCAUACACACAUACUUCAGAGGAAACUCAACCGUUCCUUUGACCAAGCCUGGUGAUUAUUAUUUCUUCUGUUCUGUUGGCAAACGCUGUGAGGCUGGUCAAAAACUUUGGAUUAAUGUUCAAGUAAAAGCUUCAAGGAAAGCCCUCGUCUAA